CAUACUAUUACUAUUUUAAAAAGAACAUCAUAAAUAAGAACAUUUCUCCCAACAUCAAAUGACAAUUUAGUUCUUAAUAAGCCAUAAAAAAUAAACAAUCGAUACAUUUUAUGCACUGUGAUUUUGUAUGUUUCCUAAACAUUAUAAUGGCAUAUUUAUAAAAGUGCGCAUCCCAUCGGACUGCAGUAAGUCUCGGGUGAGUGAACACAAACACUCGCGUCAUCCAAUAUUGGCUGUGCUUCAAAACAGAAGCUGACUAGCUAGAUCGCUUUCAGGGCCUAUCAGGCGCGUUCCCGAGCUAACUGUCUCCGAAAACCGUCUCGAUAGUUCGCUUGCUGGGUUUAGUGAGUCGUGAUACGACCGUUUAUCUGUUUUUAGAUAGAGCUUAAGUUAGACAGUAGAUCGUUGAUUUCAGACUGCACGGCGGUAUGUCAGAGGCCGAUGUUACAGCAUUUUCACCAGAGACUUUCGAGCUGCCCGACUACACGGAGCUCAAGCGCUUGUACUGUAUGAAUGGAGGCUAUCACCUUCAGAUCCUGCAGGACGGGACAGCAUCUGGGACACGAGAGGAAAAUAUCUACAGUAUAGUGCGAGUUAAAGCCACAAGUCCUGGAGUGGUCGUUAUUAAAGGAACUGAGACAGGACAAUACCUCGCCAUGAAUGAAGAUGGCAAGCUGUAUAGCUCAACAUCCGUAACUGAUGAAAGUUACUUUUUGGAGAGAAUGGAGGAAAACCACUACAAUACAUAUAAGUCUCGCACGCAUGGUGAAAACUGGUAUGUUGGAAUUAAAAAGAAUGGGAAAACAAAACUUGGCCCAAGAACACACGUCGGACAAAAGGCAGUUUUCUUCCUCCCUCGACAAGCGGACCAGGUACAGGACUGAAGCCCAUGACCUGCUACUUAAACCAAUGUAAACAAAUGUGAACUGACAACAUGCAUCCAACUUAAACUCCAAACUAACACUAAUAUGAUAUCUCCUAAAAAUAAUAUACACAACGGCCACUUUAUAAGGUAUAGUUUGCUAGGACAGCCUUUAAUUCCCUUAUGCUUUCAGAUUGAAGAAUCGUUCAGAAUAGUUCUUCAUGACAUAGUUUUUCAGACAAGGCAGCAGGUGAUAGGUCCUCUGUGGUGCAUUUCUAUCACC